AUGUGUCAGAACACCUUUGCUGUCUACGCACCUUGUGCUCACUCGGUCCAUCUGGGCAAGGAAAAGUGUAAGGAUGCAAAGUCUGUCACCAGCUCCAUGAUGAAGGCCCUGACGGGAGAAGGAUAUUGCAAGACGGGGUUUCAUGAAGUCAUUCGACGUCUUCAUAUCGUGCCCGCAACAUAUCGCAGUCUCUGGGAUCCUCGCCUGAUGGAGCGAUACUGGGCUAUCAAGUCCCAGAAUCGCUGGUUCGGCGCUAUAGAUGCUAAGACAAUAGGAUAUGAUGCCUUUGCGAGCCGGGAUCGUAUCGAGUAUCUCCCCAUCAGUCACGGUGGACCACCAGCCUCAAAGAAUACCACCUGGGAGCUAUACGCCCUUGAGGCUGUGGUCCUUCGCCUGAAUCCUGUCUGUGUUUCGAUCGAGGGGUCCUCUUGCAAACCCGCUGGAGAGUCGAGCGUGCAGUUUCACCUCUGCGCGCUCGCCCUCAGAGCAACCACGAAGAAGGCGUACAACUUUGGCCAUGUCGACUAG